CAUGCGCAUCACACUAAUAAAUGGGCGUUCCAGGAUUUGAACCUGGGACCAUCGGCUUCAUAGGCAGGGUCACUGCCAAUUAGGUCAGACCGGUUCUCGUGAUUAACAGACAUAUACAUACAUAACAAGCUAGAGCAUUGAUAAAGGGUUGUUGAUAACUGGAUACCGAAAAACAUGAUUUAUAGAUGCAUAUUAGCGCUAAAUAAUCAGUUGAUCAUCUCAUUAGCAAAGACUUGGAAUAUAAACUGUAGAUAAAGUCAUGUUUGUCCAAGGCUGUAUGUUUUCAGAUGCAGGCAGUGGGUCAAAUUUGUUGGGAACGAAGACCUGAUACAUCUUCCCAUAGAAAAGUUACAUUUAUUGAAACAUGUAUUUGCAGAUCAUUUUGAAAAUAAAGCUUUUAAUAAAAAAAAAAACACGACUUAAAAACUGUAUUAAAAUAAUUCGGGUCCAUAUUAAGCCCGACCAGAUAUUAGUCCACUCAAAGACCUAUCCAGUAUAUAUAACAUACAACUUAAAUGUGGACUCGAUGCUAACCUGAUUUCGAGUACAAAAUUUGAAGACAGGAGCCUAUGUUUCAAUCCUCCUCAUUUUAUCGAUAUCGAUAAGAAUCGCAAGCGUGUAGCGUACUACCCUAUUUAAAUCGCUUAGUUGGUACUAUGGUUCUAGGACAGUUCUUUGUCGUAUAUUUUGGUAAUGAUUUGCGAAACAAAUUGAUUCCAGUCGCUAGUAUGGAAGUCCCGUCUCUUAUAACGUAGUGAUUAUAUGCUCUUUGCUAGAGUUUCAACGCCAAAUGGUUCAAAAUGGUACUCUCUACCGAGGCUCCUAUAUUUAUUACGUUUCAAAAAUUCGGCGCUUUCUGCCGCUGCGCCCGCUUUUACAUUAGUGCGUUGGAGGUGGGACGGUGCCAGUGUGUCUACGCAGGUAGCAUCCCACACUAACAUCCGUCCCAAACUCCAAGGAACCAAGGACACCCCAUCAGGCCUCUUGCCAUCAUCCCUGAUAAUGCAUACUAACAGGGCAAGUUAAAUAAAAGGUUGUAAAAACAGUCGAUGCUCGACGAAAAUUUAAUUUUCAUCUGCUUCUCGAUUGCUUUUUUACAUUUGAGUGAUAGAGAGGUAGAUAACGAAAUAUUACGAAGCCCUCAAGACUACAACAAACACCCAGCAUAUUUAUGACACCUCUUCGUAUUCCUAUGUCUGUGGCAGUCAAUAUUAGGACCUAUUUGUAACAUUUUCAUGCAACUUGCCUCCAGUAAUGUAUUAUUUAAAGAGUCGACCAAACUAUUAUUCCUUUGUUUGACAACAAUUGCAGUUUAUCAUCGAUCAGUAAAUAAGUGGUUUGGUAUAUUUUAUAAAUAUAGAGUUGAUCUGGUGAAAGUGUGACUAAGCGGGACGACGGGGAUGGUAGUGGUAGCAUCUGUCCACCACGCGUGACGCCGAGUAAGUCAUUGUGCAACGUGAAAGAUCAUACAAACUUGACAAUAGUGUUUCCCCAUAACAUUGUCUCGGAGCACGAUACGGAACGCCCCGUAUAUAUGGUAUACGGACGGGGAAGACGGCAGUUUGCGAUAGGAAUUGGUGAGAUGAGUCCGAAAGAGGUUUUGUGUUUUGGGUUACUUCUGGUUGCGGUGGCUGCGGAGUACAGUGAUGGUUUAAAUUUCAGAGGCUUCAUGCCGAGCUCCAGUUUCCGCACGGAGGACCAGCUGGCAGAGCCCUCGGCCAGGGUAGAGAAGAGCAGAGAAGAGAGGGAACAGAAUGAUCGCACACAGCGUUUCGGUAUCUCCACCUAUGGCACUACGGGUGCGCAGGGCCCGUAUGGCGGUUCCGCCCCGGGUCUAUACGGACCUGUGAAGAUAGACCUGGGCGGUGUUCUGAUCGGGUCCAUCCUCGGGUUCGGUGCCGUGCUGAUCCUGCCUAAGAUCAUGCACGUGCUCUCGUACGGCUAUGGUGGUGGAUACGGACGCAGUGUGGACACAGAAUCGUCCCAACUAUCAGACAUGCUGAACCGACUGGACGAGACGCUGGCCCGGUACAAUAUCGACUCCGGUGCGUGUACGCAGCGGCUAGCGUGCUCUUAUGUUCAGCUGGCCAAUGAGAACAUGCAGGCCGGGAAUGCUACAGAGUUUGACGCGCUAUUGGCUAAUCUGUCUAGCAACUCGCUAUUACGACGCAUGUUGGAUGGCACAGCAAUAUUCGAAGCAGUGAGUGCGGGUCGCACGCACGGCGACUGUCAGCAACUUUAUCCAAAGUGCAAGCUGGACAAGAAAACCGUCGUCAAGGUGCUGACGCAGCUGGUGCCCUCAUAGAAUAGAUAAAGAUAAUAGUAGAAUAAAGUAGUUUUAGCUGUUA